AUGGCAUUGGUGGGACUAUACAGGACAGCAGCUACACGAGCUGCGCUUCGAACUUUCAAUUAUGCUGUAAUGGGAAGGUCGAUGGCAACUGCAGCAGCAGCCAAUAACCAAUCAAUAGGGAAAAUUAAAGCUGUAAUUGGUGCCGUCGUUGAUGUGCAAUUUGAUCAGAACAAGUUACCAGCUAUCUUAAAUGCAUUGGAAGUGAAAACAUCGAACGAUAGUAGAUUAGUGUUAGAAGUAGCACAGCAUCUAGGAGAGGAUACUGUAAGGACAAUUGCUAUGGAUGGUACGGAAGGUUUAGUUCGUGGGGAAAAAGUGAUCGACACAGGAUCUCCUAUAUCUGUACCAGUGGGGAGAGAAACACUAGGUAGAAUUAUAAAUGUAAUUGGUGAACCAAUUGAUGAGAGAGGACCAAUUAAUUCAAAAUUGAGGAAACCAAUUCAUGCCGACCCUCCUUCAUUUGCCGAGCAGUCCACUUCAGCAGAAGUCUUAGAAACAGGUAUUAAAGUCGUAGAUCUAUUGGCACCAUAUGCUAGGGGUGGUAAAAUUGGCCUAUUCGGUGGUGCUGGUGUUGGUAAAACCGUCUUUAUCCAAGAAUUAAUCAAUAAUAUCGCAAAAGCUCAUGGUGGGUUUUCAGUUUUCACUGGUGUCGGUGAAAGAACUAGAGAAGGUAACGAUCUUUAUAGAGAAAUGAAGGAAACUGGGGUCAUCAACUUAGAAGGUGAAUCAAAAGUUGCUUUGGUCUUCGGUCAAAUGAAUGAACCUCCAGGAGCAAGAGCAAGAGUCGCUUUAACUGGGUUGACUAUCGCUGAAUAUUUCAGGGAUGAAGAAGGUCAAGAUGUGCUGUUGUUCAUUGACAAUAUCUUCAGGUUCACACAGGCUGGUUCCGAAGUUUCUGCCCUACUAGGCCGUAUCCCAUCAGCUGUCGGUUAUCAGCCGACUUUGGCAACCGAUAUGGGUCUUCUACAGGAAAGAAUUACGACUACCAAAAAGGGUUCAGUUACUUCAGUUCAAGCAGUUUAUGUCCCCGCUGAUGAUUUAACCGAUCCUGCUCCAGCCACAACUUUUGCUCAUUUAGAUGCCACGACGGUCUUAUCUAGAAGUAUCUCCGAAUUAGGUAUUUAUCCUGCAGUGGACCCACUAGAUUCAAAAUCAAGACUAUUGGAUGCCGCUGUUGUUGGACAAGAACACUACAACGUAGCCACCAAAGUGCAGGAAACGUUACAAACUUACAAGUCUCUACAAGAUAUUAUCGCUAUUUUAGGUAUGGAUGAAUUAUCAGAACAAGAUAAAUUGACUGUUGAAAGAGCAAGAAAGAUACAAAGAUUUUUGUCGCAGCCUUUUGCCGUGGCAGAAGUCUUUACUGGUAUUCCAGGCAAACUGGUUAGGCUAAAAGAUACAAUUGCUUCAUUCAAAGCUGUUUUAGAUGGUAAAUAUGACGAUAUUCCUGAAAAUGCCUUCUACAUGGUGGGUGGCAUCGAAGAUGUGGUAGCAAAGGCUGAAAAACUCGCUGCUGAAGCUAAAUGA